AUGUCUAACACAAAGAAAAGGAAAUCGGAUGUUAAUGUAAGUUCAUUUAUUUAUUGAUUUCUUAUCUCAAUAUUUAUCAAUAUAUAUUUAAGAUUGACACAUGUGGAACAUCAUCUUCGGAUCCAAAAAAGGAUAGACCAUGGUUUCACGACGAUCCAUUCAAUAUUCAACCAUCGAACGAUGCAAAAAGUUCUCGACGGAAAUCUUUUCUAGGAAAUAUGCUUCACAAAUUGAAACCAUCGAAAGAUUCUCACAAAUCGAUGUCGAAACUUGAAUCACUCAAUCAUAGUGAUGCACAUUCAUCUAUCAAUAGUGAAUCGGUAAGGUUUCUCUAUUUUUAUAAUUAUUGACCGAGAUUGUUUCUUUCAGAGUAUCACAUCAACGGAAAGUAGCAAGAUUCCGAACAUCGAGAAGAAUGCGGGUCUUCGAACAUUUGUAAAUCGAGACUCAUUCACUCCAGUUCCUCCAAUUGAUGAUAAAAAUGAAGAUGCACUUUCGACAUCUUCAAAAAUGAGCGUUGAAACUGCCGAUUCAUUUAAUCUGAAUGACGCAAUGUGUCAUAAUGCAACAACAAGUGUAUUUUGCACCCCAUCUCGAACAUUGAACCGAAAUUCGAAUUCAAGAAUAUCAACUCGAAGUGUUCCCGAUCAUCACGUUUUUCAAGAUUCUGAUGAGAGUUCGGCAAAUAUGUUUAAUAGUUUAUGUAAUAGUGUUCGACGAGCUCCAUCGACAAAAUCAGAAGGCGGCGGAGUAAAUUCGAUGUUUGGAUCACAAGCGAUGAGAAGAUCGGGAAGAUUACAAUUCAAUAGGAGACACAUGAAUGCAUCAAAUAUGGAAGAUGUUCCUGAAGAAGAACCAUUAGCAUCUGUUACGCCAGCACAAACUCUGUGUAAUGAGGAUGGGGAUGAAGAAGUUUUUGUAAAUGGCAAGGAAUUUUUCGCCGAUAAUACUACUGAAUCAAAUGACACAAAUCAGAGAACAUCCAUCGAUUCGAGUCGUUUAUCAAUCGCAUCGGAACAUCGAAAAACACCUGGAAGUGUUGUGAGUUAUUCGAUAUUUAAUAUCUAAUUAAUACAUAUUUUCAAGUAAUAAUUGAAAUAAUAAUAUUUUAGGGUCGCAACAAUUCGAUUCUCCGCAAAAUUCUUCCUUCAAAAUGGAACCAAAAAGAGCGCAGAACAAGUGAAUUGGGCGAUGAAGCCGUUCGUGAAGCAAAUGAUCGAAGAUUGUCGAUCAUCUCAUUUGGCGCGGAAGAAAAUAAUGGAAUUGAUAUGACGAAUAAUUCGGAAAAAAAUUGUGAAAAUGAGAAAGAAAACAACAUCUUCUUCAAAUUUAACACAACGUCUUUCAUCGGUUUUUAG